UGGGGGGGAUGGGAACCCCGAGGCCUGGGAGGCGCUAUCGCAAUGCAAGUCUCCGCUUGGGUGGCCCAUCAAUCACACCAAACGUUAAACCCAGGGCGUCUUUAAUCCCUGCUCGUUUAUAGUUGCCCUGUCUGGGGGGGUAGAAGGAGAGGUAGUGUUUUUGCUUUGGAGGGCUUCGCGUAAACUUGACUUCUGCGGUCAAUCCCGGGGUGACAGCAGGCUUCGGAAGCCGUGGUCGGCAGCCAGGAGUUCUCAGAGGCGCCGGACCCUCUGGAAUUUUACAAACAUAAUGGGAGAUGACAUGGAAACAAAUGUUUUUUGUGGUAUCCAGACAUACCAAACAGAAGGGAUAAACGACUGGUCUUUAAGCAAUAAGGUAGUAACUGUAACACCCUCCAGACCAGAAAUGCCUUUUCAAGUCAGAGGGCAAAAGGGAAGAAUCCUUACCUCUGAAGAAGCAGAGAAGCUCAUGAAAGAUCAGACCUUAGUGUCCAAUUUUAAGCAACAGAAGCUUGAAAGUGAUGCACAGAAGAACUGGGAUUUAUUUUACAAAAGAAAUAGCACAAACUUCUUCAAAGAUAGACAUUGGACAACCAGGGAAUUUGAAGAACUUAAAGCAUGUGGAGAGUUUGAGAAUCAAAAACUAAUUGUCUUGGAAGCUGGCUGUGGAGUUGGGAACUGCUUAUUCCCUCUUUUAGAGGACGAUCUAAAUGUCUUCAUUUAUGCGUGUGAUUUCUCUCCCCGAGCGAUAGAAUUUGUGAAGCAAAAUCACUUGUACCAUACUGAACGAUGUAAAGCCUUUCAGUGUGAUCUAACGAAGGACAGUUUACUAGAGAAUAUACCAGCAGACUCUGUGGAUGUUGUAACACUGAUCUUCGUGCUUUCUGCUAUUCAUCCUGACAAGAUGCAACCAGCAUUAGAAAAUAUCUAUAAAAUACUGAAACCUGGUGGAAGCAUCUUAUUCAGAGAUUAUGGACUGUAUGAUCACACCAUGCUCCGAUUUAAAAAUGGUCACAAACUUGGAUCAAACUUUUAUGUUCGUCAAGAUGGAACAAGAUCUUUCUUCUUUUCAGAUGAAUACGUGGCACAACUCCUGACAGCUGCUGGAUAUGAAGUACUCGUCAAUGAAUAUGUGUUCCGUGAAACUGUUAAUAAGAAGGAAGGUCUUUGUGUUCCAAGGGUUUUUCUUCAGUGCAAGUUUAAGAAGCCAGAUAGAAACAGAAUAGAUUUAACCUGUUGAACAGUUAGUGCUGCUCUCUUUUUGAAGUUAAGUUACAAUGUUUGACCUUUCCAUCUUGUAUAUGGAACCCUAGCAGAAUGUAAAGACAGAGAAAUGUACUCCUGGCACUCUGCCAAGACUGCAAUGUGAAUGGUUUCUUAAAAAUCUGAAGUAGGAGCAAGGGAUAAGAUGGUGAUCUCAGCUGCUCUGCUGCCUGGGUGAGCAUUGCUGAGUUGAGGCUCAAUGUAUCACUACCCAGGUUCAGGAAAGUUAGAAGGGAGAGGAACUCCAGGGCUACUCUUGUGGGCUGCUUAAUGGCAGACUGUGCAGCACUGAUUUGAAUAUAAAUGAGCUGACUAUCUGCCAAAACGGUUCAGCUGAGUCCAAGGAGACCAAAGAUCUCACUAAUUAAAAUUAGAAAUCGCUUAUAUUUGCAAAAAAAAGUUAAAAUUAUUGUAUUGCGUGAUAUCUGAUUGGAAUUUUUGGAAGUCCUACACCUCUUCUAAUCUAUUUCACUUUUAUAAAGUAUGUGAUGAUGGAGGUUUUAUAAACUUGUGAUAUUUGCUAUUCAUUUGAAUAAAGUACUGUUUUUAAACACA